UAAAGGCAACAGACCAAGGCAGGAAGAUCAGUGUUACUCUGACCUUCAACAUGGAUGUACGCAUCUCACUGCUCGUGUUGUUGCUGCUUAACUCGCUCCAGGCUCAAGGUGACAAGAACUGUGUACCACGGAACUACGGGUCUGACAGUGUGGUAUGUGUGUGUGACGCCCACUACUGUGACCUUCCUGGACCAGUGACCUUACCUGACCCAGGUCACUACACCGUUGUGACCUCCUCCAGAGAGGGCCACAGGUUCCUCACAGAGACUCAUGAGUUACAAGACUCACCUGACCAAGGUUCAGCACUGUUGAGAGUGUUGGUGGAGGAACCUGGCCAGACUAUGCUAGGAUUUGGUGGUGCCUUUACUGACUCUGCUGGGAUUAACAUAGCAACUCUCUCUGCCCCAGCCCAGGACCUGCUGAUGAGGUCGUACUUCGGGCCGGACGGUGUGGAGUACGACCUGUGUCGAGUACCCAUCGCUGGUACGGACUUCUCAGUGAGGCCGUACUCGUACGCAGACCUCGUCGAGGACGACCUCCUCCUCGAGUCCUUCGCCCUGGCUGACGAGGACAAACUCUAUAAGCUACCUCUGAUCCAGCGGGCCCAAGAGCUGAGUAGAGGUCUGAGGAUAUUCGCCUCACCCUGGGCACCUCCAGCAUGGAUGAAAACCAACAGGAAACUCAACGAAAGCGGGGAACUGUUGCCUGAGAUGUGGCAGCCUUGGUCCAACUACCUGCUCAAGUUCGUUAAGACGUAUGAGGCUGAGGGUGUCAAACUGUGGGGACUGACUACACAAAACCACGCUGGAGGAGAAGAACCUAUCAAGUGGAACUCACUCUACUGGAAGAGCGAAAACAUGAGGGACUGGAUAAAGGAGAGUCUGGGACCCACCCUGGAGGCCGCUGGUCUGGGACGCCUCAAGGUCAUGGUAGGAGAUGAAAACAGAGACGCUCUUCUCUGGUACGUCCCAGAGAUUUUAUCUGAUGAGGAUGCAGCGAGGUACAUAGAUGGCGUAGCGGUCCACUGGUACACUGACCUGGGCCAUGGACCACAGCUCCUGGACCAGACACACGAGCGCUUCCCUCAUAAGUUUAUCCUAUAUACCGAAGCUUGUAUUGUGCCAGGACUGAUGAUGUGGAAUGACCCGGGUUCCGAAGCAGUGGUCCUGGGCUCGUGGUCUCGCGCUGAGAAUUACGCCAUCAGCAUUAUACAGGUAGUGAACCAUCACGGGUCUGGUUGGGUGAACUGGAACAUAGCCCUGAACCUGGCUGGUGGACCAAACUGGGCCGGUAAUUUGGUUGACGCCCCUAUCAUCAUCAAUGAAGAAGCUGACGAGUUCUACAAACAACCUAUGUUCUAUGUGAUGGGUCACUUUAGUAAGUUUGUUGUAGCUGGGUCUAGGAUGCUGCCCUCCAGUAUUGAGGAGCUGGACUCACACCAGGUCCACACUGCUGCCUUCCUACGACCUGAUGGACCCAUCGUGAUCGUUCUUCUUAACACAGGUGAGGCAGAGCUAGACUUGAGUGUGGAUGUUGCAAGUGAAGGCUACGCCACUUUGCACCUUCCUGCUAAAACAAUACAGACCGUCAUUAUUGCUGGGGAUCACCAGCAAGCCAAGUCUCACUCCAAGACCAAGUUUACCAAGACACAAAGCUCCGACGACGACCGAAGCUAAAUUCUUGAUGCGGUCGUCCUGACGUCAGUAAAGAGAUCAUAACAUUCCCAAUACAAGACCAUCAUUAUUGCUGGGGAUCACCAGCAAGCCAAGUCUCACUCCAAGACCAAGUUUACCACCAAGACACAAAGCUCCGACGACGACCGAAGCUAAAUUCUUGAUGCGGUCGUCCUGACGUCAGUAAAGAGAUCAUAACAUUCCCAAUACAAGACCAUCAUUAUUGCUGGGGAUCACCAGCAAGCCAAGUCUCACUCCAAGACCAAGUUUACCACCAAGACACAAAGCUCCGACGACGACCGAAGCUAAAUUCUUGAUGUGGUCGUCCUGACGUCAGUGGUGAGG